AUAAUCACAAGUUACGGAUACCUGGUAUUCAUACUAUCUCGCGACCCUCUGUACACUUGUACUGUAAAUAACACGGAGUGACUGAGGCCCUUGUGGAACCGCCAAAAAGCAUUGGGUUCCUGCCUGCGCCCGGAUUCUCCCCCCUCUCCCUCUCUCCUUUCCAAUCCCUUUUAUUCAUCUACAGUCACCUACUAUCCUCGCAACCGACCUUCAUUCACCCUCAGCAUCCUCAUCCUCAUUCUCAACCUACCCAGAGUACAACAGUCAAGCAUACGAUAUCUCUGUAUGCUCUUCCACGAACAGCCAUAAUUCAUUGUGCCCACCCGCUUUCCCCCCUCGGCGCACGUUCCUAGAACGGCCUCACACGGUCCUCACACGUCCGCAUUGGGUCCAAACAAACCGACUCCUUAUCCCGCUUCGCGUCGCUCCUCUUUCAUCAUAUCCCCCUUGGUCUCUGUGCCGCCUGUCCAUCUCUCCCUCUUUCAUCAUUUUGUCAGAAGCCGGCAGAAACAACACAAACUCCACGCGCUGUGCAGCCAUUAAUACAGGACAAUCAGAGUACUAUUGAGGCUCAGGCAGUGAAGAACCAAAUUUAAAGCCAUGAUGGCGCAGACUGCAACCAUGCCAGAAAGGGGUCCUUCACCUCUGGCCUCAAACAAUCCUUUUCGUAAUCGGAUGCCUGAUAGUGCCACCAGUCCCAACUUAGGACCUGUCAAACCUGCCUCUACGAAUCCCUUCCUGGAUAGCAGCGAGGUUGCGCUUCCAAACAGAAACAAAGGGGCAACGAGUGACAGCACAAAGCCUAGCAGGCCUACAGAUAACACUGUAGAUAUUUUUGUACGUGCAUCGGUGUUAGGGAUCAUUGAUCGCUAAUUUUGUUCAAGGCAUCUCUCGACAUCAAUGACACCACAAAACGCUCACAGAGACCUCUUCAAAAUGGAAGCUCUCGACGCGAGAAUAUGCCACCGAAGCCACACCCAUCUCGAGGCCCUUCUGGCCGCCACAGGCCGAGCAAUUCGGAGGAAGAACGUCGGAGGCAGCAAUCGAAAAACCGAGGCCCUCCAAACGAGCUAGACAUCUUUGCAGAUCCAUCUGACAUCCGUCCUCGUGAAAGACGCACUCAGCGCCGCAACUCGGAGUCUUCCAUCCGCGACAAGCCCAGAGACUUGGAUCCUGAGGCCGAGAAGAAACGCAGAGAAAGAAAGCUCCGCGAGAAAGAUGGCACAAGCUCUCAUCGGUCUAAGAAGCCGAACAGGAAACUGGAUGUUAUCGACAAGCUCGAUGUCACUAGUAUCUAUGGCACAGGAUUAUUCCAUCACGACGGCCCAUUUGAUGCCUGUAACCCUCACCGCAACAGAAAAGGUUCCAGACAAGCUCCGAUGCAGGCUUUUCCCAAGGAUUCUGUCAACAUGCAACUUGGGGGUGCCGGACCUCUCAAUAAGUCGCUCAAUCUUGACCAAUACAACGGCACAGGACAAGAAGCUCACGUCGAUUACAAUGAAGCGGCAAUCCAGGAAGAAGAUGCUGAUUACUUUCGCCGACCACAACCAGAAAGAAGUGCCGGCUUCAACCCGACUGCCCGUAUUGAGCCUGUGCACGGAAGUGAAUCUGCAGGUCUCGGCACCAGCACUUUUCUAGAGGGUGCACCAGCAAGUCGAGCUGCCAUACAGCGCCGGGAGAGCGAGUUCGAGGCCCAACAGCAAGCACAGGCAAAUGGUCUGUCUCGAAAGAAGAGCUUGGCCCAGAGAAUCAAGUCUGUCCGUCAACCUCGACCGAAUUUCGGUGAUGGUGGCCGCAUGGCCUCGCCAGAACCUGCCGGCGGUCCAAAUAGCCCGUUGGGGACAGCCCAUUCAGAGAAUAAUGCAAACCCCUUCUUCAAAGACUAUGACAAAGAGUAUGAGAAAAAGGGAGCUCAAAUUGCUUUUGCCGAGGAACAGCAGAAGCCAAGUCGAACUCGUGCGCCCAGCAGUCCACGACGCGGGCUUGGUCUGGAGAGAAAGUUGACUGGUGACAGUCCUAGUGGUGAGGACAAUAAGACAGGAGGUGGUUUCCUGAGUCGAGUCAAGAGUUUGAAGGGCGGAAGCCGUACCCGUGGAAGACGAAACACCGAAACAUCUUGAAUUGUCUUUCACGUGAGUUGUUGAUUUAGGUCAGAGGGGUUUUAUGUGGAUCGCAUGGUCAAGCAGGAGUUUUGGCCCAAGUGCCUUUGGGUGCUAAAUCGGGAAUGGCAUAUGCAUGGGUGCGGACAACGAAAUCAUGACACAUUCCCACGACAACUAUGACGGAAAAGAUGAGCUGUUGCAAUUUUCUUGGUGGGAAGAUUCUGGACAACUGCUGCGAGCUUUCUGGCAAAGUCGGGCAUUGCUGGAAUUGGAUAAAUGGAGCACAGACAGCCAGACAAACAGACCAGGGGAAGCUAUUCGCACGCAUAUGUUGCCGUUGAGGUUUACUUGUGUCGACGACGCAAAAUAGACAGUGGACUCUUCUGUUUUGGCGCCUUACUCUACCGACGUGUCAAACUGGGCGAUAUAGUGACUUGGUCAGAUGGAAGUCCACGAAGCCAUAUCUCGUGCAUCCUGGACAAGAUUUCUGUCCUUGUGUGGAGGAUCGACGUGCUGGGGCUAGCUGGAUGACCUUGAUGAACUGCGUGCUACUACGACGAUUUUCUUAUAGUAUACUUUUUU